GUGUGUGCGUGUGUGUCUGUGUCCUGUGUGUCGUGUGGCCACUCAGCGCUGGCCCGUGUGGACGUGUUCUCGGCAGUGAGCUGCGUGCAGGGCUGCGAGUGUGCUCUGUGUUGCAUCUGAACAACGUGACCACUUUCUGGGUUGUGCUUGUGUGUGUGUGUCACCACAAAUUCUCAUCAUGUCCGACUUCGACCAGUUCUCAAAGUUAGGGCCCAUAGACCCCGCCCCAGGCCAGCAGCAGCAGCAGGAGCCAGGGUCUGCGGGAUCGAACCGGGACUCUUUGAAUUUGGAUGACUUUGAGAAGGUGGAGGCUGACCAGCUGUCUUCCAAUGUUAUGCAGAGUUCUAAGCCCACGACGGAUUUGCUGGAUGACAUGUCCUUGCUGUCAGGGAGUGGGAAGGACGCACCAAAUUUGCUUGGAGAGGCGGGUGAGACAAAGCCUGGAAAUUCCGCCUUCUCGUCUGGCCAUUCCCCUGUCCCAGAAGACCCCUUCAAAACGCAGGCUGCAUCUUUUGAUCCCUUCAGCUCUGAGAUGAGUUCAGGCAGCCAUUUGGACUCUGGGGUGAGCUCAACCUCCCCGGACCCAAUGGACUUGUUGGCCUCUGCCCCGGCGCCUCCAUCUUCUGACAUCAGCAACGAAACUUCCUCCAGCAGGUCCCACAUGGACGACCUCCUCAGUUCAGAAGGGAAAAACAGCUUCAAUGACUUCAUGAUGCCGGAGCCCUCGGAACCCCAGAGCCAGAAGAAGCCUGUCAGCGAGACGUUAUUUGAGCAGGACAUGUUUAGUGGCACCCAGGCCGCCCCUACUACUACUGCUACUGAAGACCUGCUGGGGUCCAUGUCUUCUACUGCGCCUUCUGCUGCUGUGCAUGACUUCGUUACUGAGCAAAUGAUGAAGCCUGAAGUCACCUCGCCCCCACGUGAGGCCACUCCACCCCCACGAGAACCCACUCCACCAAGACGUGAACCCACUCCACCCCGACGGUCGCCCACACCACCUCGCCAGCCUACACCCCCACGCGAACCCACUCCACCUCGACGUGAACCCACUCCUCCUCGGGAACCCACUCCACCUCGCCAACCCACUCCCCCACUCCGCCAGCCAACUCCACCCCCACGGGAACCCACUCCACCACCCCGACAGCCCACUCCUCCUCGCAAACCCACUCCACCUCCACGGGAACCCACUCCACCACCGCGCCAGCCCACUCCACCACCGCGCCAGCCCACUCCACCUCGCGAGCCCACCCCCCCACGUCAGACCUCUGUUCCACUUCACCGUGAGCCCACUCCGCCCCUGCUGGAGCCAGUGGUGCCAAAACCGAGCCCCGCCCCCGUCCAGGAGCCCAAAGUCACCCCCGGGAGGACCUAUCACGUGUCUGAGGCCACCAAAGCUUCUUUUGCCGUCUUCAACCCACGGGCCUGGUUCAACCCCGCCCAGCUGGAUCCAAGAGUGGUUGACCUGAUCUACUGGCGCGAUGUGAAGAAGACCGGGGUGGUUUUCGGGGGCCUGAUGGUCAUCCUGCUGUCCCUGGCCUACCUCUCCCUCAUCUCCGUGGUCUCCUACACCUCCCUGGCCAUCCUCUCCGGCACCAUCACCUUCAGGGUCUACAAGAACAUCAUGCAAGCUGUCCAGAAGUCCCAGGAUGGACACCCCUUCAAGGGCAUCCUGGAGAAGGACACCAACCUGCCAGCGGACAAGGUUCACGAGGCCACAGACGUCAUCGUGAAGCAGAUCAACUCCACCGUCUCGGAACUCAAGCGGCUCUUCCUUGUGGAGGACCUCGUGGACUCUGUCAAGUUUGGCUGCCUGCUGUGGUGUCUGACGUACCUUGGCUCCUGGUUCAACGGCCUCACUCUGGUCAUCCUGGCUGUGGUGGCGCUGUUCUCGCUGCCCAAGGUGUACGAGCAGAACCAGGCACAGAUUGACCAGUACGUCGGCCUUGUUCGCACACAGGUCAACGAUGUUAUGUCCAAGGUGAAGGCCGCCCUCCCCAUCGGCAACAAGGAGAAGUCCCAGUAAGGUAGCGUGAGGUGAGGAAGAAGCGUCAUCGUGUGAUAUCCUGCGUGUGCAUCUGUGUCGUAUGCUACAUCGACUGCCGGAGCUUUCAUUCUCUGGCGUCCGCACCAACAACUCGUGACAUCCGUGUACUAUAACAGUGUGAAAAGUGUGACCUGACCUGACCCUGCCUGCCUGCCUGCUGCCGGGAAGUCGACCUGACCUUGCGUCACCGUGGCGAAAUGUGUGUGCACCUUACCUCCCCUUCCCUCCCCCUCCCCUCCCUCCCUUCACUGUAUAUCACGCUGGGGAAUGUGUGUGUCUGGUAACAAUGCCAUUAUUAAAUGUUUUGAUAGUACUAUUGUCAAUACUUGUUAUCUAGCUGAUGUUUCAUUAUAUCUCAUAUCUUUUAAAUAAACAAGUGUGUAUUAGUCUAUUUUAGAAUUAUGGAAGAACCCAGCAGCAACCCACAAGGGAGGACUUACUAGAUGAUGACAGGUUACUUGUGUAUGAAGGGAGAGCAGCAGACUACCACCUGGGCAAUGUAUGUGUGUGUGUGUGUGUGUGUGUACAGGCACCUUCAGCUGGCGAUGUAACUAGUGCUAUGGGAAGGUAAUGCUCAGUGAGUGAUCCUUUGCCUUGUCUCUAUAAUCAUUUCACCAGCAAGUCACUGAAUGGGGUAAGACACAGGCAAGUCAUUGAUGCAGGACUCCCAGCUGAUGAUGUUAUUAGUGCUAGAGCAAGAUGAUGAUGGCGUGAGGUCCUGCAUUGUCACUAUAAUCAGAUUCUCACUAUUGCUUGCUUGUCUUGAGGGAUUAAUGGGUUUGGCGUGAGUAGCGUAUGUGAGGUAUGAUCUGGUGUGUGAGGUGGUGGUGGUGGUGGUGUUGCGGAGGCUGCCCUCAAGGAUAUCGUGGGGCCAGCCGACCAACCAAGAGAUGAUUUACUCCACUGUAUAGUCACUGCAUUACUGUUCUCUGUAGGAUAAUGAUAAUGAUUUCCCUUUGAUUUUGAAUAUUAGAACUGUGAGAAGUGUACCAAGGAUAUUGUGUUUUUCAGUUCACCCACACCCUGUUCUAAUACCAAGCUUCAUAAUGGCUGUUUUCGGGUUCAUGUAGAAAGCCGCCGACUAGUUUGUGUGUGAGAGAUCUGAUUGCCAGUUGUCAAGUCUUCUACGAUCUGUCCUUAUUAUUUUUACUCACCUCGGAAAACUCUUUGACUGUAGAAUUGGUUCCUUUUUCUUCUCAAGUGUUGUACUCACGGACACUUUUAUAAAUGAUAUGCAAAUAGCUUCUUUUGAUUUUUAUGGACUUAUUCAUCAAUCUCCUGUAAAUGUAUGUAUGGAAAACGUACGUAUAUAUAUUUUGAUGGGUGUUUAUUCAUCUGUAGCUUGAGAGACGUGGGUUGGUUCAUAGAUAAUCAGUGCAUUUUGCUUGCCGUCACUGGUAACGCAAAGCUUAUGAUGUAUUUCGCACUACUACCCGGACUUCACCGUACGUCAGGUGUGCUAGCCGGUCCCCACACGCACUAACCAUUCCACUCAGUACUCGGAUAAACUCAAAUAAACAGAAGAAAUUCUCUGAUAUUGAACCGACGUGUUAGAAUGAACUGUUACCGAAAUACAGAAACCUUAUCAAUCUUUAUUUUGAUGGUAAGGCUUAAAAUUCGAGCUGACGUGUGAGAACGAACCAUUGACAAAGUAAAGUAAGCUUAUAUCAAUCUUUAUUUUGACAGUAUUGUAUGAGAUUGACGAUAAAAGACUAUAGUGUUAAUGGAUAUCGAAACCAAUGGAUGUAACCUUCUCACUUGCCUAGAGAUGAGAGUGAACAAACAUACUCAUACACACCUGAUGCUCUGACUGAUAGUGGCUCAGGGUUAUGACACAGUUAUUACAAGAGGCAGCACUGAUAAUGGAUAUAUUCUAAUGAUAUUAUCAACAGUGGCUAAUUUAACUCAUUAGCUGUUUUUUUCUAAUUUUCCCUUGAUGCCCUUUCAUGGAUCUCACUAAUAAUAAUAACAGAAGAAGGUAAAGAGGGAUUCCUACCCAUAAGACUACCUUGGAACCCUUGGAUAUUCUAGUUAACAGACCAUCCCUUUCCCUUAUCAAUAAUCCAAUUUAUUUUCACACCUCAGUUUUAAGUUUUUCCGGGCAAUAUUUUGUCUUGAAGUGAGAAUAAUAAUAAUAAUAGCCCUUAGAUAUUCUAGUUAACAGACCCUCCCUUCCCCUUACCAAUAAUCCGCAAGCAAACCAGUUCAUUUUCACACGUCGGUUAAGUAUUUCUGAGUAGCAUUUUGUCUUGAGGUGAUAAUAAGGGAUUUCUACUCAUAAGAUUACCCUCAGUAUUUCCGAGCGGCAUUUUGCAUCCUGAAGCGAGUACUAAGUGGAGUGGUUGACGUGUGUGUGUGUACAGACUGGUCACUGCACUCACCCAACAACUCUCCAGUGAACCGUUCGUAACCAGUACAUCCACUUCGGUUGUGUUGACAUAGUGAGUCCCUUGACGACGCCGACCUGAGUUUCGUGAUUGUGUUGACGCCCACCUUUGAGUCGAUAAAACUUAUACUACAUACUGUGCUGUGCUGGCUUCAUCGUUGUUGAGAUGCAAAAACAGUAAUUCUUUAUUUAUAUCUGGGAAAUGGGUCUAAAAAAAAAUACAUAUAAAAGCUUACAAAAAAAUACGUCAAGACUGUUUUCUAAAUACCUUAAGUGUUCUUUCAUAUUGCAUAACAUUACUGUCACAAACAAACAAAAAAAAAACAGUAAAAAUCUGCUGUACUACCAAAUAAAACGUCAAUGAUUUAA